UUGCUGACUCCGGACUUUACUCGGGACCCGUCACGAUGUCUUUCGGAUGCCGGCAAAGUCGGUAUAGUUGAACAUGAUAUCAACUUCAAAGCUAUCCAAAUGUAUAAAGCUACUUGCUUUCUCCAGCUAGAGAUGGUCUUUUCCUCAUUAACAAUUUCAAGACAUCGGAAGACGAUCAAGAUCGUUCUCAAUUGACUCAAUUGACUCUUCUAUUUAACUCUUUCUAUUUCAAAAACCUCAAUACCAACCACCACCACCAUCAUGGCUAUGGUUUCUAACGGCUCCGAGUACGACUUCAUCAUCGUCGGCGGUGGUACCGCUGGCAAUGCUGUUGCCGGUCGCCUCGCUGAAAACCCCAACGUUCGCAUUCUGGUCGUGGAGGCGGGUAUCCCCAACCCCGACCAGAUCGAUGAGAUCACUACGCCCUCCAAAGCUUUCAACCUUCGCGGAAGCAAGUACGACUGGGCAUAUAAGACCACCAUGAUUAAGCGUGACGACUACGAACGAAUUGAAAAGCCCAACACCCGUGGAAAGGCUCUUGGUGGCAGCUCCUGUGCCAACUACUUUACCUGGAUCCCCGGUUCGAAGCCUACCUUUGAUGACUGGGAAGACUUUGGUGGCCGUGACUGGACGUGGGACAAUUGUGUGGACUACCUCCGUAAAUGUGCUACCUAUCACGACGAUGAGAAGCUAUAUCCCUCCGAGCUGAGCAAGAUUGGAACUGGCGGUCCCGUGCACAUCUCUCAUGCUGAGCUACUCCCCGAGAUGCAGCCGUUCCGUGAUGCCCUCACCGAGGCUUGGGUCUCUAAGGGCGAAGUCCUUACUGAGGAUAUUUACUCUGGUGAGAUGAGAGGUUUGACCCACUGCGUGGAUACCAUCUACCAGGGUGAGCGCCAGGGCAGCUUCCUGUACCUGAAGAAUAAGCCUAAUGUGACCAUCCUCUUCGGUGUUCAAUCCAAGAGCUUGAUCAUCGAUCCAGUUACUAAGGUCUGCUCUGGUGUCACCGUGAUCAGUGAGGCCUCCAAUACCGAGAUCAGUGUUUAUGCUAGCCGUGAGGUGAUCGUGUCUCAGGGUGUGUUUGAGACUCCCAAGCUCCUCAUGCUCAGCGGUGUCGGUCCUGCUGAUGAGCUUGCCAAACACGGAAUCACCCCGGUCGUCAACUCUCCCCACGUUGGCCAGCAUCUUCUGGAUCACCCUAUCGUACCUUUCGUGCUACAGAUCAAGGAUGGCUUCGGUCUCGAUGAUCAUCUGCUCCGCACUGGUUCUCUGAACGACUCCGCCGUUGCUGCCUACAACCGCGACAAGACUGGUCCCGUUAGCUCUGGACUGCUGGAGAUGGUCGGAUUCCCUCGAAUCGAUGAGCGUCUGGAGAAAUAUCCUGCCUAUCGCGAGGCCAAGGCUGCCAACGGCGGCCUGGAUCCCUUCGGACCCGCCGGCCAGCCUCACUUCGAGCUGGACUUUGUAGGUAUCUUCAGCACUGCCUUCCAGUGGCACUACCCCGUUCCCGAGAAGGGCAACUACAUGACCGUUAUUGUCGAUCUGCUCCGCCCCCUGUCCGAGGGUGAGGUCACUCUGAACAGCGCGAACCCCCAGGUUCAGCCCAACAUCAACCUCAACUUCUUCGCCAACGACUUGGACAUUCUGGCUAUGCGCGAGGGUGUGCGCUGGACAUACGACGUUUUGACCACCGGUGCCGGUUUCAAGGACAUUGUCCUUGCCGAGUACCCCUGGAAGAUGCCUCUGCACUCUGAUGAGGACAUGAAGCGAGCUGUCCUGGACCGAAGCCAGACCGGAUUCCACCCCUGCGGUACCGCUCGUCUCUCGAAGAGCAUCCACCAGGGUGUGGUUGACUCGAAGCUCCGUGUCCACGGAAUCCGCAACCUGAGAAUCGCGGAUGCUUCCGUUAUGCCAGUCAUUCCCGACUGCCGUAUCCAAAACUCGGUCUACAUGAUCGGUGAAAAGGGAGCGGAUAUCAUCAAGGCUGCGCACAAGGAUCUCUACGAGGCCCAGGGUGUUCCCUACUUUGUCUCUAGCAAAUUGUAACAACGAGGCUCGGAGAUGGGACAUGUCGAGCUAGAGGUGUGAAUUUUCUAGUUUCUUUCGUGAUUUUUCUUACUCUUCGAUUAGACUGUUUUACAUAGAGAGAAUCAAUUCUAUGCGUUCAAAGCCAAUGAGUAAAUAACCCAAUAAUUUGUUGUUGACUCGCAUUUAUCCGUUCUUCAACAAAGGUCUCCGUCGCUCAUCGACGCAUGGCACACUCCAACCAACCGCCAUCACUCUUCCCAAUUGAAAUUAACCACAAUGCGCCCCGCAACUUGGCCCUUGCGAAGCUUCUCAACCGCCUCCGGCAGUCUAUUCAGGGGAUACACUUCACUAAUCUGCUGCAGCAUCCCACGACGGGCAAAAUCCAAAGCCACCGCGGUAUCCCUCCGACUACCCACCAAGGUCCCCUUGAUGGUAAGAUUCUUCAUAAUGUACUCGCAGGGAUCCGUUCCCAGAUUCACAGACCCGAUCGAGGGCAGCCCGAUGCACAUCACCAUGGAUCCAACGCGAUCACCAACGAAAGAAACUGCCGUCUUAUACGCAGCAGGGGCCGUCACGAAAACCCCAUGAACACCAAUACCAUCCGCCACCUCGAUCACAGCCUUGGCCGGAUCCUCCUCUUCCUUGAAAUCAACGAAUGCUUCUGCGCCCAUCUUCAGCGAUAAAUCACGUUUCUCACUUCCGGUGUCCACGACGAUGGGACGCAUGCCCAUGGCUUUGGCCAGUUGCACACCCUGGAUACCGACUCCACCUCCGCCACCUGGGAAGACUACCCAAGACCCCGAUUUAAGGUUGGACUCAAGGAGCGACCGGUAAAUCGUGCUGGCGCUGCACAUAACCGGCGCGGCGAUCUCGUCGGGAACACCAUCGGGGAUCGGCGAAGCAUAUCGUGCAGGAGAAACCAAAUAUUGCUGUAUGGAUAGCCUUCCUGCAGUACGUCUCCUUAUCAUCCCAGCACAAAUGGCAAGAACCACACGUAUCGGUGAGCGGCUUGAUUCCCGCUCUAUCGCCGAGUUUGAAGUUCUUCACAUUGGCUCCGACUUUGACGACCACUCCGGCACCUUCGUGACCCGGGGACCGAACGCCAAAGGUCGACAUGGGUGGUGCGGCCAAAUCACCCAUCAUCAUAUGGAUAUCCGAAUAGCACAGGCCCGUGAAGUUAAGUCGGAUCAAGACAUCGUCGGGUCCUGGAUAACGACAAGUUUGAGGCGUCAGUCACGGCUGCUAGAAACUUGAACUGUGUACUACAUACCUGGCUCGGGAACCGGUACCAUUUGCACCUCGACAUGGAAGUCUGGGCCUUCAUUGACAACGACACCCGCUUUACAGUGGGUGGGGAUGUCGUAUUGCUGCGUCUCCGUGACUGAACCCAUUGUGAAUUCUUGAGCAAGUCUUUGGAGGCUGCAUCGCUGUUUCACGAAGACCAGAGAUGUAUAUGUAUCCUCGACCAUUGGGUUAGCCGACCACCGAGGAACGCGGCUACGGAUAACCCCCGCCACGCCAGCAACCCCUCUUUGCGAUGAGAUCCUACCCAUCAGGGUGAUAUUGCUGGGUAUUGUUCCCCCUCUUCGUCCGGGGGGAAAAUGUGGGGAAGGGUAAUCCCGUAUAUCCGAUGGCUUCAUUCCCAGGACCGGUUUUGUUCCACUCCUAGUACACUCUGAGAUUGUUGAAGUGAAAAGUUUAAAGAGAGAAAAUAGUUAGAAAUAGAAAAAUAAGAUUCAAAUCCAGUAUAUAUCAGAUCCAGCCAUUAUUCACAAAACUCCAUUCCACACCAAACCCAAUGAAACAAAACCAAACGUCCACCGCAGGUACAUCGAACAAAGAUGGUUGAAAGAAAAGAAAAAGGAAGCAUAUCUAGUCCCAAAUCAACCAGCCGCAUGAUCCACCAAGGGUAGCCAGCAUCAUAAUAGUCAGAAUACCUGCACCGGCCCUGUCUGCAGUGGUGAUUUUGUAGGACAGAGCCUUCGGCUUUGGCUCUGGGUCUUUCCCACCAGCAUUGGGAUUUCCCUUGCUCGUGCCGCCAUUGUCGCUGGUCACGGGCGGCGCAACCUGAGUGAUAAGGUUGGCCUGAACGACCUCAAGAGCUGCCAUCUGCUGACCAAAAUCCUUGGUAUGAUCCCAUUUUUGAUCAGUCCAUCUCAGGCCACAGGUAGUCCCCAGCUCGCCACCCGUGCAAGUCUUGGCAGCAGCUUGCCCGGAAGCCUUCAACUUUGGCAUGAUCUGGUCAAAAGUGAAUGGAGCCAUUUGAGUGGUGGCGGCCAUCCAUCGCGCGAGAUAGCCCUUGAAUGAUCGCUGGUCGACCAUGCAAGUGUUGACCGUUUCGCAAGCACGCUCGUACAUCACGUUCUGCGGUGUCUUGGCGAAGAAGAUCUCGGACGAGUCAAGAAUCUUUUGCACGCGUUCUUUC